AUGAAGUUUAUCUUUGUGUGGGCUCUCGCGAACCUGCCUGUUGCUUUGCCCUUUGAUCCAGACUACAAAGAUGCCAUCACACCUCCCUACAUGGUCUACCUGAAAUCUGAUUAUUUGCCUUGUGCUGGAGUCCUGAUCCACCCGCUUUGGGUGAUCACCGCUGCACACUGUAACUUACCGAAGCUGCAGUUAAUACUGGGGAUUACAAAGCCAUCAAAUCUCAAAGAAGAAAAUUACCUACAAGUGGUUGGUUAUGAGAAGAUGAUCCAUCACCCACAAUUCUCCAUCACUUCUAUCGAGCAUAACCUCAUGCUCAUCAAGCUAAGUGACAACAUUGAACUCAAUGACUAUGUGAAACUGGCCAGCCUGCCCAGAGAGCCCGCUGCUGAAAACACCCUGUGCAUGGUCUCCACCUGGGCCUACCACGUGUGCGACAUCUACAAGGACCCUGACUCCCUGCAAAACGUGAACAUCUCUGUCAUCUCCAACACCCAGUGCCGCGCUGCCUAUAAAACCUACAACAUCAGGGAUACCAUGCUGUGCGUGGGCAUUGUGCCCGGAAGGAGGCAGCCCUGUAAGGAAGUCACAGCUGCUCCCGCAGUGUGUGAUGGGAAACUUCAAGGAAUCCUGACUUUUGCGGACGGAUGUGUUUUGAGAGCCGAUGUUGGCAUCUAUACCAGAAUCAUUAACUAUAUGCCCUGGAUUGAAAAUACCAUCCGGAAUAACUGA